AUGGUCAAGCAAAACGGUUACGUUGGAAAGAAAUACUGUUUUGAACAUAUAAGCUAUGACUGGCGGCGGGCCGAGAGUGGACGCCUGGCGGGGCCGGCCAUCCGAGGCCAGCACCAGGCCUUUGCCGACCCCGGCCCAGUCACCUGUGGAGAAAGCACCCCCUCCCCCGGCCUCUCUGCCCUUCACGCCGACCGUAUCCCUAACGCCGCAGCUGCUGCCCGCCCGGCCUGCGAAAACCGAGCGCGGCGCCAGGCUCCCCUCGGCGGCCGCGGGGCCCCAGCCCCUUCAACUGGUUACAACCGGCGGCGGCGACCGAGCGGGGCACCUAGAGGCGGGAAGGUCCCCGUCCGUGAGGGGGCGGGCAGGCUCGGAGAAGCGGGGGCCGCAAGAUCCUACCUAACAACGUCGGUCUCCUCCGUCUCCUCCUCAACGGCAACGGCCCCGGCGGUGGCGGCGGCAGCGACAUUCCUGGGGAGCGCUCCCGCCGCCGCCACCUCCUCCUCCACUCUCUGCUCGCCUCUUCCCCGGCGCGCUCACCGAGCGGCGCGUCCCUUCAGCCACCUCCCCCCGCCCUCCCCGACACACAAGCCCCGAAACCCUAAGCCCCACAGCUCCCGCAGCCUGCUCACCCACCCUCCCUCCCUCCCUGCCACCAGCGGCGGCCCCGUCCCUCCCCCCUUCCCCAGCGCCCGCCGCCGCGCAGGGCUCAGUAAUGGCGGCCACUCGGGCUCCCUCGCGCUGACGGAUUUCUCUCCCUCUCUCCCGAACUUUACCUCAGCAUCUCUCCCGGCGCGCGCAGCCACACACCCGACCGGGGGCGGAGCGGCGGCUCAGCCUGGACGGGACACGCGCGCGCGCGCGCGCACCCGCGUUGCCCGCCCCACAAUCCUCCGCCCCCGCCCCCUCACCUCGCGACGCCUCCCGCGCCGCGCGCCCAGCACGGCCCCGCCCCUGCCCUCGUCUCCCGGGAGCUUGGGAAGGCUCAAGCGAUCCCGCCGGAGGUAGAGGAGCGAGCGCGCGAGGCCGCGUCCUCGCUCGCGUCCCCGCUCCCUCCUCCCCUCCGUUUCCCCCCUCCCCUCUGCUCCCCCAUUGGCUUCUGCCCCUCCCCCUUCUUCCUCCGCCUCUCCCACCCAUUGGUUCCCUCUCCUACUCCAUUCCUUCUCACCUUUUCCCUUUUACCCAUUGGCGUGAGUAUUUUUCCUCAGCUUCCCUAUUUCUCCGUAUUCCGCUCCUCCUCAGUACCAUCCUCCCAGCUUUGAAAGCUGCUGCCGUGCUGCCCGGAGCGCCGUCGUCCCUGAACCUCGCCUGCUUUCUCCAUUUCCUUCUGUUCCGGUUUCUGGUGGUAAUUCAGAGAAGCCACUGUACUGCAAAGGAACCUGAUAUUGUGCUCGCCGUUCCAAAUGGGCAGGGGCACCGAAUGCUUCUCGAUAAAUCCCCUGUGGUCUCUGAGUAUUAGAGAAUGCAGAGGAGGAAAACCUGCGCCCAAGCUCGUUCGCAGGGACAUGUUCGCGUGUCUGCGCCUGUGUGCAGCCAGUUUUCUGGCUGAGGAUCGCUCACCAACUACAGACAUCACCCGCCCAGGACCUGGUGCCACACUCACCCAGAAGACGAAACUCCACGGGAGCGAGGAGUCCAUUUCUCUGUCGGCACGGCACGGGGAUGCAGGCCCCUGAUUCAGCAGGUUCUGUGGAAGUGAAGUGAGAAGCCAAGACGUGGAGCGAGAAGCCAAGACUUGGGGCGGGUUUCAGGGUGGCCCAAAAGACCCCUGUUCACGCCAGUACCGCCCAACUUUAGGAACUGUCGGCCACCUGGUUUUUAUUAUACUGCCUUAAACAUAUUUACUUUUUUGAGACUUUUAGAAAUUUCAUAAGUUCGGGGGUUCAGCACACUGGGCUUUGGGUGUAUUUCUCACGAGGGCACUGACGCUGAAUGGUGCAGUGAGAAAGGACGGUGGAAACCGCUGCCUUUGCUUUUUACCAUUGAAGAAACUGAGUUCCUGUGACUUUCUCGAGGUCAUCGGAAUCUGCAUUACACAGGAGACUUAAAAUACUUGCCAGCAGAUAAAAGAAUGAGCAAAACUACAUGUAUUCCAAUUUGUUAGGUCUAAAAGAAAGUAAUUGAAGGGGAAUUCCUCUUUGGGGAAAGAUUUAUUUCCUGCAUUGAGAAUAGUUUAUUGUCAGUAAAGUUAACAUAUAAAAAGUAUUUUAAAUUCAAGUUAUUCUUUAUGUUACAUAAGGUACUGAAGUUAGCCAAGGUUGCUUUUUAGUGUUAUAAUGAUGCAGCUGCUGCCAACCAGAAGUACAUUUACGGUCUGUCAGUAAAGAAAACAAAAACUGCCUGUUGGUAAAAAUCUGUUAGAAAAUAUUUGUCAGUAAAUCUGUCACAAUAUUCCAGCAGAAAUUCUGUUCAUUUUUCCAUCCUCCUGCCCCUCUUCAUAUUUCUCAAAGGUAAACUUAAUAAAGGCAAGAGACAUUUAAAAUUUUUCUAUAUGUCUCUUGCUCCCUAAUUUCUAAAAGCCGUGACUAUAAUCCCUUAUUCAAGCCACUUGCUUGCAUCUGAAUGCUGCCUACCAAGUAGGUUAAGAGUAGGUUAAGUAAGAUCUGUAGGUACUUCUUUCAGUUACAAAUUAUAGGUAGGAAAGAAGGAUGGGGAAGGAAACUUAACAAUGAAAGUAAACAGAAGGGAGAAAAAGAAGUAAAAAAGGAGAAAAGGGAAUUUGAUGGGUGGUCCAACCAUCAAAAUGUAGUAGUAAUGUCAUAGGUAUCUACACCACUUAUAUAGGUUGGAAAGUUAAUGCAUUCCAACGCAUGUUUUUAUCUUUGUACUAAAAGCCCUUAAGAAUACAUGAAGCCAGUUCAAAGUCAUAACCUGAAUAAAAUGUUAAGUACUAUAGAGUGAAUACCUUAAAGAUACCUUAAAAAUUAUAUCCCAAAUAAUCAGAAAUUUUAAUAACCAUGAAUAUGUAUCAACAUAAACCAAAGCCAAAUAUAUCAGGGCUUUUAAAGAAAACACUAAAAAGGUGUAAUACUCAGUUAUAGGACAUGAUAUUGGAGGCAGGGAAGACUUGAAAUCUCAUUUUCUCAUAAUGAAUACACCAGAAGAUGGUUUAAAAAAAAAAGUCAUGAUUUCCAUUAUAGUCACCAUUAUUUUUAGUUCUUUAUCUUGAUUUAGGGAGCUUGGAAAUUUAGGACUUCCAUUUCUUAUUAAUACUAAUAGUCUAAAGGUGCUUACCAGUACAAAUAAGUUAUUGUAUGUAAUUUACUCUUCUCAAAAAAUAGUUUUCUGUAUCAAUAAAAAUCUGACAUGGGAAUUUGAGGCCACAAUUCUGUGGCUAGUAAUUCAUAUAUAUCUAUAAAAGGCAUUAAAGAGCAGGAGAAGAAAAGAUUUAAGAUGGCAUCUAUAAAAAUUGAUCAGAAGCCAUGACUUCAGAGAAAAAGCUUUAAAACACCUUCCCUACUCAAAAGGAGAAUUUUUAAGAAAAUAGGGAACGUAUUAUUUACACACACAGACACACACACACAAAUAUGGGAGAGAAAUGGAAUAUUACCAAGCCCUCUCAAACUACUUUUCUUAUCUAGAAUAAAAAAGUUAAGCAUGUGUUCUGCUGUUUUGGGUAAUUAAAAUCACUGGAAGCUUUGUUCUUCGUUUACUUUGAAAAAAUUAGAAUAAGAUUUGUCAGGCAUUUUAGGUUUUUAAUUUAAAUUUUCUUCAUAAAUCUCUAGUUCUUCAUCACACCCUAAUACAGUAUUAAUAUGCGUGGUCUUUUGCAAUCAAAAGACAUGACAGUCAUAAAAAAUGUUAUCCUAAUUUCAGCUUCUACCAUUAGUGGUAAUGGUAUUAGUGGUAAUACUGCAAUAUUCACAUGUUUCAUAUGAUGUGGCUUCAAAAGAACUUACCCUAUAGAGGUGACUACACCCCCUGCUGGAAAUCUUCAAUCAUAACAACUUUGGCUUCUGCAGUCUCAAUCAAGAACAUAUGAAAAACCAAAUAGUCUUUCCACUCAUAACAGAAUUUUCAAUACUUUUGCCUAUCUAAUACAAGACAGCCUUUUGGAGAACAAACUAUCUCAGAAUAUCACCUUGAUUACAGACAAAAUACACAAAGAGGAUGGAGAAUAAUGAUGUAAAUAACUAAAUAGCCAAAACACUCGUAAGAUAUUUGCUUAAUUUCCAACUGUGUUUCCACUCUUUACCUUAUCCCCAUCUUUUUCUGUCUCAUACAACUGGGAUACUUGGAAGAAGGCAGGAUAAGGUGGGAUGUUAAUCCUUCAGAUAGGCAAAUAAUGGUGUAUUAAUCCCCAGUAGCCACUUGCUGAGUUAAGGUGUUUAAGAGCUAUCCACAAAUUUGUUUUAUGGCUACAAAUGAUAUUUUCAACAUGAAGAAAAGGUGCUAAUUAUGUCUUGGCUGUUACUGUAGAAAAUGUUUUGACAAGAGUUAAGGUAAUUGUGAGCAUGGGACUGGAACAGGAGGAAAGUAGUGCAUGGACCUUCUUGGCAUUUUGUUCCACAGAGCCUUGUUCUGUUGAUUUUCCAAAACUGUAUUUUCAGACCGAAAUCCCAAAGUGGUAUCAGAGUCUUGCUUCAAAAUGUCAGGCUCAUGGAGCUCUAGUCCUAGGACAUAACUGAAAUAGUGAAAGCAGCUUUUUAAAUAAUUAGUAUUUUGUAAAGAUUAUUUGUAAUGCAGACUCAUUUUAAAGGAAAAACAAUUCAUUCAGAUCCCACCAGCACAAAUACUUUAAUUAGACAAAAAUCUUCAAGUUAUUUCCUCUCACAAAAGGAGGUAUUGUUGGGCCAUCUGGACCCUCUAUUGAAUUUUUAUGAAAGAUCACAGCUUGAAUUUAAUCAACCCCAAUAAAGUUAACUCCAUAAAGCUAAAAAAUAA